AUGUCGGUUCAAUCGCCACGUCCGCUAUUAGCGAACGUUGGCCUGGUUUCAACGCCAUCAUCGUCCAUACCACCACACAAAACUAAAACAUCUAUUAGUCGAUCACCUUCAUCUUCAUCAUCAAAUUCAUCGUCAUCCGGUUCAUCAAGAUCCCGUUCUCGAUCGCCAAUUUCUCGUCGUUCACGUUCACCAACACCUGAUAAACCACCAACACCAUCAUCAUCUACACCUCCUGUACACAUUAAUAAUUCCAAUGUAUCAUCGUCAUUAUUACAACAACAAGCAGCUGCAGCAGCCGCACUGUUUUCUAGUGGUUCUCUUAGUUCCUUAUUACCUAUGUAUAGUAUGGGCCUUUUUCCAAUACCUCCUCCACCACCUCCACCACCGAUUAUGCCUGCAGUGAAUUUUUCAUCUGAACAAAUCGCUCGUGUUUGUGAAACAUUAGAAGAAAAUGGUGAUAUUGAUCGUUUGGGAAGAUUUCUUUGGUCAUUACAAGUUGCACCUGGUUCAGCAAAUUUACUAGUACAACAUGAAAGUAUUUUACGUGCUCGUGCACUUGUAGCAUUUCAUUUGGGUAAUUAUCGUGAACUAUAUCAUUUAUUAGAAAAUCAUAAAUAUACACGUGAUUCACAUGCUAAAUUACAAGCUAUGUGGAUGGAAGCACAUUAUCAAGAAGCAGAAAAAUUACGUGGAAGACCAUUAGGACCAGUUGAUAAAUAUCGUGUAAGAAAGAAAUAUCCAUUACCACGUACAAUAUGGGAUGGUGAACAAAAAACACAUUGUUUCAAAGAACGAACACGUUCAUUAUUAAGAGAAUGGUAUUUACAAGAUCCAUAUCCAAAUCCGGCCAAAAAACGUGAACUUGCACAAGCAACAGGAUUAACACCGACACAAGUAGGAAAUUGGUUUAAAAAUCGACGACAACGAGAUCGUGCAGCACAAGCAAAAAAUCGACAACAAUAUGGGUUAGGUGCCGGCAGUUAUUCUCCGCCGUCAUCACCUGAUUCUUCAACAACGUGA